AUGCAUAGAUCUGGUACUACAAUGGCGUGGAACGUCUUCAAAUUCUGUACGGCUCUACGAGGACUCGGAUCGAUCAUGAUCCUUCUUGUCUUAGGGGUUGUUGGUGUUACGUAUUACGCUGUCGUUUGGACCAAUUACGGUCCUGCUCUAUCAGAUGGAGGACUCGGUUCUCUUUCUGCUCUUGCUAUUAUACUCCUUUUCCAUUUUCUGUUGGGGAUGCUUUUGUGGAGCUACUUCUCUGUUGUGUUUACUGAUCCUGGUGUUGUGCCUCCUAGUUGGAGACCAGCUUCAGACGAAGAACGAGGCGAGUCUGAUCCGUUAAACAAUUUGGAGUUUGGUGGGUUACAGCCCGAUUCUUCGAAUCAAAGAACUCGGUUUUGUAGGAAAUGCAAUCAACCUAAACCACCUCGUUGUCAUCAUUGCUCUGUUUGUGGUAGAUGUGUGUUGAAAAUGGACCACCAUUGUGUUUGGGUUGUUAACUGUGUCGGGGCGCUUAACUAUAAGUAUUUUCUUCUUUUCUUGCUUUACACCUUUGUGGAAACAACUCUUGUAACUUUACUACUCAUGCCGCACUUCAUAGCGUUCUUUAGCGAUGAAGAGAUACCGGGAACCCCGGGCACCCUUGCUACUACUUUUCUUGCUUUUGUUUUAAACCUGGCUUUUGCUUUAAGUGUUAUGGGUUUCUUAAUUAUGCACAUUUCUCUCGUGGCUGCCAAUACCACAACUAUAGAGGCAUAUGAGAAGAAAACUAGUCCAAAAUGGCCGUAUGACCUCGGUCGAAAGAAAAACUUUGAACAAGUAUUUGGGAUGGAUAAAAGAUACUGGUUGAUUCCAGCAUACUCAGAAGAAGAUUUAAGACGAAUGCCGGAACUUCAAGGACUUGAAUACCCUUCGAAACCCGACUCUGAUUCCCAAGAUUUCUGA